AAAGGACAGCUACCGGGCUCCCGAUAAAUGGGAGCCUCAGGACACUGACGUUUUAUUUUUUUUAAACAACGGAUUGUGUUAGGAUGAAUAACCAGCAGUAGUAGUUCGUAAGACGAGCAGUCUGUCUCAUGAGAGUGAACUUCACCGUGUCUUUAUGAUGAAGAAACAGAACGUACGCACCCUGGUCCUCAUCGUCAGCAUAUUUACCUACCUGCUGGUUGGGGCAGCUGUCUUCGAUACCUUGGAAUCCAAACAGGAGAAAAGCCAAAAGAGAAUGCUGGAUGAAAGGAAAUAUGAACUGAUGCGCAAAUACAACUUGACCAAAGUGAACUUUGACGAGCUUGAGGUCGUGAUGUUGCAACUGAAACCGCACAAAGCCGGCGUGCAGUGGAAAUUCGCCGGAUCUUUUUACUUCGCCAUCACUGUGAUAACUACAAUAGGAUACGGCCACGCUGCUCCCAGCACGGACUCAGGGAAGGUGUUCUGCAUGUUCUACGCCCUGCUGGGGAUCCCCCUCACACUGGUCAUGUUCCAGAGCAUGGGAGAACGCAUCAACACCCUGGUGCGCUUCCUGUUACACCGGGCCAAACAGUGCCUGGGCCUUCGGCACACCGAGGUGUCCAUGGCCAACAUGGUGACCAUCGGCUUCUUCUCCUGCAUGUCCACGCUGUGCUUGGGCGCCGCCGCCUUUUCCCACUACGAGGGCUGGAGCUUCUUCCACGCCUACUACUACUGCUUCAUCACGCUGACCACCAUCGGGUUCGGCGACUACGUGGCCCUGCAGAAGGAUCACGCGCUCCAAAAUGACCCGCGCUACGUGGCCUUCUGCUUCGUCUACAUUCUUACUGGACUCACCGUGAUCGGAGCCUUCCUCAAUCUGGUGGUGCUGAGGUUCCUGAUGAUGAACACAGAGGACGAGCGACGGGACGCCGAGCAGAAGGUCCUCCUCUCCACCAGGGGGCGGAAGAACGCGGACGGAUGCCCCACUGCAGGCUCGGCCUCAGUUUCCCCCUCCGCUCCCCUAGGGGUCACCGGACGAGCCAAGCAAGGCCGGAAGGACAUGUAUGGUGAUGUGCUGGGCUUCCAGACUCUGUGUUCGUGCCUGUGGUACCGUGGCCGGGAGAAGCUGCAGGCUCGGGGAUCCAUCCCCAUGACAAUCAACCCAGAGCUGAGCUUCUCCGACCAGUACCUGUGCAGCCAGUGUGAAGCGGAGGUCGGCGCCAGGAGAGGGACGAAGGCCACCCUGCUACACAUGGAGCGCUGUGCCAUGCUCUCCCCCCACCGUGACCCUGUGUACCCCCACUGCUACGAGCCGGGGGACAUUGGGUGCGUCUGCAGCCCUCGCCAUUGCUCCAGCAUCAGUUCCAUAUCCACUGGGAUGAAUUUCCUCGCCCCGUUCAUGGCCUUUGCCAAGAGACGAAGCUCUGUCUAGACCCGGAGAAUUCAAAUCUGGACCUGGAAGCCAGUACCUCUGCCGUUGUUCACCCUUUCCCUUUAAACAAGGACCAGUUUGGACCUGGGACACCUGCUAGGGGAUAUUAUCAGUUGGAGCAGAAGACCUGUAGUAAUCCAAACCUCCAGGCUAAUAUUCAAAUAGCCCUGAUCUAAACUUAUAGCUGGCCAUAAUUCUCGAAGCACCACGGAGACGAAAAUCACUUGAAACUGAGAAGGACUAACUUAUCUUAUAGCUCCAAUAAUUAGGGCUUGUUUUGAUUUUCCACUGCGAAACCUUUUGCCCUCACGAAUGUGUUCCAGUUGUUGGAAACUGUGAUGCAGCUCUGUAUAUGCUAUAGUCCAUAUCCUGGUCCUGUUCCAAGGAUCUGAGACUGGUUUAGGGUCGGUCUGGAUUCCAGUGUACGAGAUUGUCCUUUCUGGGUCCGUUAAUGCCAGGCCAAGAACGUGGUUUCAAUUCCUGCAGGGAUCAUAUUUACAUACGAGUAAAAAUGUAUGCUUUCUCUGUACUGUGAGCUGCUUUAGAUAAAAGUGUCUGGUCUACUAAAUGGCUUUGGAAUACAGUACCAGGCCAAAGUGAAGACAUCAAAACUAUGAAAUAACAUAUAUGGAAUCAUGUAGUAACAGUAAAAAGUGUUAAAACCAGUUUCUUGACAGUAAUCUGGAAUGCUUUUCCAACAGCCUUGAAGGGGUGCCCACACUUGUUGGCUAGUUUUCUCAUCCCAAACCUUCUCAGAGGGGUUUAGUUUUGAUGAUUUUGGAGGCCAGGUCGUCUGACACUGCACUCCAGCACUCCUUCUGGGUCAAGCCUUGCCCAUUGAGUAUGCCUUGAUUUCUAAAUAAAUCACAGAAUUUCACCAGCGCAAGCAGAGAUCAUUCGUCCACCCGCUCUGCGUCUCACAAAGACACAGCGUUUGAAAGCAAAAAUCUAAAAUUUGGACACUUCACACCAAAGGACAGAUUUUCACCGGUAUUUCCCGUAUUUCAUGGCCCAGGCAAGUCUCUUCUUCUUGUUGGUGUCCUUUCACUAGUGUUUUUUUUUUAGCAAUUCAACCAGAAUGGCCUCAUUCACAUGGUCUCAUCUGAACAGUUAAUGUUGAAAUGUGUCUGUUACUUGAACUUUGUGAAGCAUUUAUUUGGGCUGUAAUAAGAGGUACAAAUAAUUUCCAAUUUCUGAGGCUGGUCAUUCUAAUGAACUUAUCCUCUCCAGCAAAGGGAACUCUGGGUCUUCGUUUCCUGCGGUGGUCUCCAUGAGAGACAAGUUUCAUCAUAGCAUUUGAUGAUUUUUGCCACUGCACUUGAAAACACUUUCAAAGUUGUUGACAUUUUCGUUCCUGACAUAAUAUGGACUACUACAGUACAGACAUGAAGAUGGUCUUUUCUGUUCCCACCCUACCCUGUCAACCUCUGUAUAUUAACCCCAAUGCAUUACAUUUUAACAAAACACACCUGUUAAUGGAAAUGCAUUACAGGUGACUACCUCAUGAAGCUGGUUAAGAGAAUGCGAUGAGUGCACAAAUCUGUCAUCGAUGCAACAGGUGGCUGCUUUGAAGUGAAAUGUAUUUUGGUCUGUUAAACACUUUUUUGGUUUCUACAUUAAUUCCAUAUACAUUAUUUCACAGAUGAUGUCUUCACUAUUAUUCUACAGUGUGGAAAUUUAGUAAAAAUGAAGAAAUAACCUUGAAGGAGUAGCUUUGUCCAAAGCUGUGACUGGUACUGUAUUAUAAUUUAAAUUUAAGUAAUUUAUCAGACACUUACAAUUGAGUGCUAAGAUUUUCAUACUUUGUUUUUUCUUUGUACUGUCAGCAGUUUAUGGAAACUACAGUUAAUGGUAAUAUUUUAUUAUUCUAGAUAUUCCAUGUUGUAUUUUGAUGAGAGUACCCAAACACAGACUUCUUUCUAAAGGGGCAUCCUUUGUCUUACUGUUUGGGCAAAAACUACCGCAAAGCCAAUGAAUAUUGCAAAAACGACACUAAGCUUUUGAACCGAUUUAAGAAUGCGUAAUCAAUUCAGUCACCAAUGUGGUGACUGAAAUAAAUCUGUUGCUAAAAGUAGUCAUGUUGUCUAGGAGGAAAGUCACAUGUUAGCAAUCAAAUUACCACUGUGUUUGUCAAGGAGACAGGACCACUGGCUGGUGUGUUGUCAAAGAGACGGGACCACUGACUGGUGUGUUGUCAAGGAGACAGGACCACUGACUGGUGUGUUGUCAAGGAGACAGGACCACUGACUGGUGUGUUUUCAAGGAGACAGGACCCCUGACUGGUGUGUUGUCAACGUGACAGGACCACUGUCUGGUGUGUUGUCAAGGUGACAGGACCACUGGCUGGUGUGUUGUCAUUUGUGUAAAAUAUAGAGCUCAAAUGAAAUACACCUACUGUGAUGUUGCUAAAUAAAUGGUAACUUCCCCCAACGUUACUGGUUUUCCAGGCUCUGGAGUUUGUGCUUAUUACCUCCUGAUUCCAGAAAGAAAUUAUUUUCUAGUAAUUUAGGAAAGGUUUCUGAAAUUGUACAACUCUUAUUACAGAAAUUGAAUACAUUUGUUGUGAAUGAUAUCCUGUACUGUAUACUACUGUCCUGAAUAACAAUGAGGCACUGUAUAUUAACUGCAUAGUACACUAUGAUAGCACUAUGAUCACUGUGGCUAAUCAUUUAUUUCUGAUA